UGCUGCUGAUCACUUACAAUCUGACAACACGUCCAAUCCACUCAGUACAACCCUUCUCUCUCCAGCAGUGUCAACUCCUGCUUUAGGACUUGCCAGCUCUGCUAACUGGACCUCACACUGCCUGCAGGAGCACAUUGCAAGGCUUUCUCUCUUCCCCACCUUGCCUGAGGGAACGGAGGGAGAGUGCAGAUCUCUUCUGGGGAAACUCAGAAUAUCAAAUUCCAUCCUAAGAUUGUUUCAUCAGGAAUUUCCUUAGAAGCUGUGCUGGGUUGCCACGAUGAUACACCCACCACUUAUAUUGCCACCUGUCAAAACUGUGGAUGACCCUACUUUCAGGUCAUGACCCUUGCAUUGAGAAAUCCUUCAAGACUACACUGAAUAUGAUCCAAGAAAAUGUGAUUUGAGUCUGGAGACAACUGCACAUAUCAUCUAAUAAUAAAAGCUCAGGAGAGUGGAUAGAAGAAAAUACAAUAUUAAAAACACUGCUGCAAUUAAACAGGAGUGUUACUUCGAGAUUGACUUAUACCGAAAAACAUACUUCUUUUUGGCUUUAAUAAUGGACAAAAAGUGUAUUCUGUAUUUUCUAAUUUUCUUGUCAUUUUUAAUGAUUGUUGUCACUGCAGAAUUGCAAGUGAGCCCUGAUGAUUUGACUCAACUAGGGGUCACCAGAAAUAAGAUCAUGACAGCUCAAUAUGAAUGUUACCAAAAAAUUAUGCAAGAUCCCAUUCAACAAUCAGAAGGUGUUUAUUGCAACCGCACCUGGGACGGGUGGCUGUGCUGGAAUGAUGUUGCUGCAGGCACAGAGUCAAUGCAGCACUGCCCGGAUUACUUCCAGGACUUCGACCCUUCAGAAAAAGUUACGAAGAUCUGUGACCAAGAUGGAAACUGGUUUAGACAUCCAGCAAGCAACCGAACGUGGACAAAUUACACCCGGUGUAAUGUGAACACACAUGAGAAAGUGAAGACUGCACUAAAUUUGUUUUACUUGACUAUAAUUGGACAUGGACUAUCCAUUGCUUCACUGCUUAUUUCACUUGGCAUAUUUUUUUAUUUCAAGAGCCUAAGUUGCCAGAGGAUCACCUUACACAAAAAUCUCUUCUUCUCCUUUGUUUGUAAUUCUAUUGUGACAAUCAUCCACCUCACUGCAGUAGCCAACAACCAGGCUUUAGUGGCCACGAAUCCCGUUAGCUGUAAAGUUUCCCAGUUCAUUCAUCUUUACCUGAUGGGCUGCAACUACUUUUGGAUGCUCUGUGAAGGCAUUUACCUUCACACUCUCAUUGUGGUGGCUGUUUUUGCAGAGAAGCAACACUUAAUGUGGUAUUAUUUUCUUGGUUGGGGAUUUCCACUGAUUCCUGCUUGUAUACAUGCCAUUGCCAGAAGCUUGUAUUACAACGACAAUUGCUGGAUCAGUUCUGAUACCCAUCUCCUCUACAUUAUCCAUGGCCCAAUUUGUGCUGCUUUACUGGUGAAUCUUUUCUUUCUCUUGAAUAUUGUACGUGUUCUCAUCACCAAGUUAAAAGUUACACACCAAGCAGAAUCUAACCUCUACAUGAAAGCUGUGAGAGCCACUCUCAUCCUGGUGCCCUUGCUGGGCAUUGAAUUUGUGCUGAUCCCGUGGCGGCCUGAAGGGCGGAUAGCAGAGGAGUUGUAUGACUACAUCAUGCACAUCCUAAUGCACUAUCAGGGCCUUUUAGUCUCUACAAUUUUCUGCUUCUUUAAUGGAGAGGUUCAAGCAAUUUUGAGAAGAAACUGGAAUCAAUACAAAAUCCAAUUUGGAAACAGCUUUUCCCACUCAGAUGCUCUUCGUAGUGCAUCUUACACGGUGUCGACCAUCAGCGAUGUUCCAGGUUUCAGUCAUGAUUGUCCAAGUGAACACUUAAAUGGAAAAAGCUUCCACGAUAUGGAAAAUGUUGUGUUAAAACAGGAAAAGUUGUAUGAUUUAGUUAUAUGAAAAUACAGAGAUCAUUGACUAGUGCCAUUUCUGAAUCAAGGACUUGGAUCCACAUCUACACAGCCAGAAGACAUCAGUGUUAUACGGAAUUCUAGAGAGUCAUAAAAAAAAAAUCCGUACAGGAAAUCAGAUAUGUUAGGACAGAUGUUUAACAACCAUCUCUUGGUGUGCAAAUCAUUAUGAUUAAUAAUGUUAGCCAGUAAAAAUACUGCCACUAUGACUGAACUCCAGCUACCAACUGAAAACUAGCAAAUAUGAACUUGGAAAAAGAUAAGCACAAUCAACCCUCAUGUGUUGGGUUGAGCAAGCUCCUGCACACCUGCAUCAAUUUACUUCGGUCUAACUCUAACCUUAUUGCCUACAGAAAUCCAAAUAGAUCCUAAGCACAUGGAGAAAAAUGAACAUUUUUUGAUUGUUUGUAUUUUAAAUCUUCAUCUUAUCUUCCUGGGUGUAGUAUUUUCUUUCCCUAAAAAUAUUCCAUCCUUUUUUUUUUCUUUUUUUGCAAUUAACAUGUGAAAUGGACUAGACAGAGUUAAUGAUUCCUACUAGUUUAUCCUCUUUUAAGAAGAGCAGCUGAGCACAAUUGCUUUAAGCUGCUCCUUUGCUGACUCAUCACAAGUUUUUCCUGUGGCAUAUCCACUUUCAAAACUUGGUGAACAGGAUGUGUAAUAUAUACCCCUAAUUCUUUCUCAUUAGGGAGACAUCCUGGUUAUAUUACAAAACACCUUCUCAGUUACUUCCUAGCUUGCUACACAAGUGGGAACAGGGAUCAGUUUCUCUGUUCUUGUCAACAGAAAUUGUGUCCCUUCCAUUUCUAUUGUAUAGAUCGCUUAGCAAUCAUUUUACAUGAAGGAGGUCAACGAAGGAUUUCUUAUUUUUUUGAGAAACUGUAAAGUAGUAGUGAAAAAUGAGCUUGUGAAUACUGCAUUACUAUUUUGUAUCCUCACAUCAAAUACAUGAACUCUAGGUGAUUCUUAGAAGGAAAUACAUAAUGCAAUAAUGUACACAUGCUAAUAUCUGAUACUGUGUCUGGGCUGAUUUUAUAAUAAAAAAUAGAGUCUGGAAUUCUAUAUUUGGUAAAUAUUUUAAAGACAACCAGAUGCUAGCAUCAGAAAUCUUCUUGAAGUCUAAAAAAAUAGAAACAUCCUUUAUAAGAUAGAAAAUAUUUAUUUAAAAAAUGCAAUACUCACUAUCGUAUUGGUACAUUAGUUUUGGUGAUUUAAACCUUAAUAAUAGGUGAGCUAGAAAUAUUUUUUCUUUGACUUUUAAGGUGAACUACUACUUUCAUCCAGAAAUUUUAAACAACUACUGCAAUAGAUGACGAUCUGUUACUCUAUCAAUUUUACCGUAUUAAAAUAUUCCUUGACUAACCUUUUCUUUUAUAAAUAUAAUAAAAGUCAUAUUAGAAAUGCUGUAGGUUUUCAAAGAAAAAGAACCAGAAAAUACAAUAUCAUAACGUUUUCAUAUUUUAAUAGAGCUGCUGUACAUUUCAAUGCAAACUUCUGAAAGGCUUAUACAUAUUAUUAUGAAAUAGUUAUUUUCAGUCAUUUAUAAAACCAUUAAUUUAAGAUGAAAGAAAGCUUUGCAAAUUAAUUAAAAAUAACAUUUAAAAUGAAUUCAGUUUCUUGGAUUAUAUUUGCACUGAAAUCUUUAAAGAGCAAUGAGUUAAACUAGUAAAAGUCAAUUUGGGGAGACAUUAUGUGUAUGUGUUUUUGAAGUGUGUCAGUCUGCUUAAAAUUAAUUACUUAGUCUUAAGUUGGUUAUUAAACUGUCAUAAGCUGAUGAGUUAAGAAGUCAACUGAAAUUAUCUAGGAAGAUUACAUAGAUUAGUGAGAACUGAAAUUACCUGGUGUGGUUAUUCCGUUUAUAAGGUAUCUACACAACGCAGAUAUAUUAAUUUAGUUUCAAAUUUAUGAAUGCCACAAUGAACUGUUAUGAACUGGAGUGCAGGCUGUUCCAGACAUACAGUUGUCUAAAUCAUGCAAAAAAAUUUAGUAAAUUCAUUUUUCAAUUAUUUAUUAUUAUUAAAGGAACAAUUCAAAUUCUUUGGUGACAGUGUUCAGGUAUUUCAGCAUUCUUCCAGAAAAAGUGUCAAAUUUUAACCACAUAUGACAUUGGAAAAUGCUGAAUUGCCAGCAAGCAUUAUAUUUCAAUGAUAUUGUAAUUUCUAGUUUUUUGUGUGUGUUUUUUCUAUAUUCAGCUUAGGUCAGAUUUCUUUUGGCAUAGGAGUCCAUCUUUUGUAGUCUUCAGGAGUACCAGGCGCGCUGUGAUUAUCAGUGUUAUUUUUUACCCAUAUAUUUUUAGCAGCAAUAUUUUUAAAUGUUACAGCUGAAGUUCUAGUUAAGAUCUUUGUAUCCUCCUCAUAAGGACAAGUAAAUAUAAUACUUUUUAGAGCAAAUUUGUUUGGCAUCUAAGCAUUAAAUUGGAGCAUUUCUAGUUUUCAUUUUUUCUGCAAUUGUUAGCAAAUGUCACACCCUAAUAUUAUCAAAACUCUGAUCUGUCAUUCUUUUCCAGUUAGUUUAAAAUGUACUUACUCUCAAAAUACCCAUUUUGUAAUUUAGUGAUUGUUUUAAUGUAACCAGUGUACAUAGAAUUAGAGGUAGUAGUUGUAGUCCUGUAUUUAUUGCUUCUAAUUUUAAAUGUGAAGAUUUUUUUGGUUUAAUCUGCUAAUAAAAAUCUGAUUUAUCUGUAAAACACAUUCAACAUAUUCUCAUCAAUUAUAACAACUCAUAUUAUGCCUGUAUAAUGUUUCUUUUACUUGAUUUUAAAGAAAUAUUAAAAAUUUGAGUUCUCAAAUAUACAGGAAUGUUGAAUAAUCUAAUUUAUAAAGUUAAUACUUACACUGAUUAGUGAGAUACUCCUUAAAAUUAAUAAAUAUACUUUGCUGCCCUCAUUGAAGUCUUCAGUAAAUCAAUAAUUGAACUGAAUAAAUCAGUUAACGAAAAAUUACUAACUGCCUAUUCUAUAUGGAAAAACUUGAAUGGGAGGCAGUGACCUAAAGUUCUUCAAGCAUCAUGUGUUGCUUCCAAGGGUGCACCAUCGCAAGAGGCUGGAUCAGAGGCAAAUUCCUUCUUAGGCAGAGAGAAGUCUAAUGCCCAAGAACAGGACAAUAUUCAGAAACUCAGCUCCCUUUUCCAUGAAUACACUUCAAAACAUUUUUUUAAAUCCCUGAACUUUUUGAAGAUUUUUCAUAUGCACGGUUAUCUCUUUUUUAUAUCUCUGUAUCAAUAUUAAUUUUAAGGACUUCAGUACUUUUUCUCAGAGUGUCUCCUCAUUACAAACAUAAUAAACUAAAAAAAAGCACUUGAUUAAAAAUUGCAACUAUCA